AUGCUCAAAAAUUCAGUUCUCCCACUUCCAAAAGAGUUUCAACCUGUAUUAAAUUUACAAAAGUUAUAUGAGACUUUUGAACUAGUUACCAUACCUGAAGAUGGGACUGAAGACUUCGAGGCGAAAAAUACUGGAAAUACGAAAACGACUGAAAAUAUAAAUUUAUUAUCAAGUGCUGAAAACAAGAAUUGUGGGCAAUCACCACAUUUAACAGGGCCAAACACGUUGGAAAAUGUACAUAAACAUAGGGAAAAUAUUGUUAGGGAUGAUUAUGAGAUGUCAAGUACGGAUGAACUAAAUCACGAAAUGAGUGUUUUACAGGCAGACGGUGCUCACGUGCUAUUUACAAAUAUAUCUAACCAAACCAUUGAGAAUAAUGCUAACGACAUGUCUUUCGACUUGGUUUAUGUCGCUUCAUGUCCUUCAUAUUGUACAAGUUUAAUCAUCACUCAAAAUGGUUGUGUAAUUAUUUUUCCUUGUGCAGCAUAUCUUAUUGUAAUGGAGGUUGGUAGUAGGCGUCAAUGCUUCCUAGAAGGUCACACUGCUGAAGUAAGUGGCAUUUGUCAAGAUGCAGAUGGUCAAAUUAUUGCUUCUUGUCAAUCUUCAACAUUGAGUUCUAUUAACUUAUGCCUUGGUGUUGUUCAUGUCUGGCGUAUGCCUAACUUACUUCAUUCUUCACUGCAUAUUCAAAAGCCACUGGGAACAGGAAGGGUCCAAAAUGCUCAUUCUAUGAAAGGUUUAUGUAUUUCAGAUCGAGGUGAAUUUUUAAUUGCUUACGGGAUGGAUGUUCGCUCACGUGGUAUGAUAGUUGUGUGGGAUUUACGGAAUCUUCUUCAUAGUAGUGUAUUACCAUUAUUAAUCCGUUCAACGGUUGACAAUACAAUUAGUUGUUUUUGCCUUCUACCAGAUUACUAUAAACAAAAUGAUGUUCCCGACUCUUUUAUACGAUUUGCUACUGUAUCUGGACUUAAUACUUCACAUAAUACAAUGGACUGGAAUAUACCAGAUAGAUAUCAGGGUAUGAAAAAGAAUACAUUUAGUGAAAUACGAUUAUGGCGGUUUAAAUAUGCAUCAUUAAGACAAGAUACCGUUCAAAAAUGUGGAAUCUCAUUCAAUGGUACAUUAAAAAACAAGUACCAUUUAUCUUCCUCAGUUGUUUCAUUAGCCUCACUUACUGUUCCGGCAUUACGUCAAUCACUAAAUUUUGUGAGUUGUUGCAUUAAACCUCAAUUUCAAAAUCUGAAUCAGUCUUGUAAUAAGUUGAAUUAUUCACUACUAGUUGGCUCUUCUACAGGACAUAUUUUAGAGGUCGAUUUAAAUCUUUUUUGUAUUUCGAAUAUGUAUCAAUUAACUGAAAAACCGCAAGAAGAAAAAUCAACAGAGCAUUCAAGCACAGUCGAACUGCAACUUUCAGCUUUUAGAGAAUUUAGAAACAAUCAAUGGAUUUUAAAUUUUCCAGAUAAUCUAAAUCAUUUGAAGUCUAACCUCGUUUCAAUAGCCUCUAUGCAUUGGAUAACUCCGGGAAUUAAUUUUUCUUUAGGCUGGUUAGCCGCGUGCACAAGUGAUGGUCGUCUGUUUUUAUGGGAAUCUAGUAAUUCACCAAGUUCAGUUGCUCUUUCAGUAAAAUAUCCUUCGACAAUUACUGCUCUCGAUUCGUGUUUUAGUAAACAAGGUACUUUAAAUAGAAAUACACAACAUCAAGUUUAUAUUUCUGUAGCAACAUGUUCUGGCGGUCUUGCUUGCCUCGAUCUUAAUUUCGAAUUCGAUUUACAUAAAAAUUCUAUGAAAAAUAAUGAGACAGAUAUUAUAAAUGAGUUUAAACUAUUAAACUGUUCUCCUAGACGGAUUCUUUCAUGGCAGGCUUCCGGCCCAAUCAUAGCCACAGAUCUCGUUCAUAUAGAUAAAUUAGAAUCGCAAUGUAUAUUGGCUACCUUAAGUAUUGAUGGCGGACUUAGAAUUCGACAUAUUUCAUCUCGUCCAACCUUUACCAAUCAAUUUGAAGAUGUCGAAAUGAAAAGAAUAAAUGUUCAUGAAAACUACACAAACAAAGAACUUGUAGAAAACCCAUUAAUCGACUUAAUUAUUUCGGAUGGGACGCCAGCUUGUAUUGCUAUUCAACCGAAAUUGAAUUGGUCAGAAUUAAACUUGGAAGAUUUAGAUAUAUCUUGGAUUCAAAUUGCAUGUGGUUAUUCUAAAACUGGUCUAGUACGUGUCUUCUCUCCAGCCAAUGCACAAAUGUUAUAUGAACUAAAUUUCCAUAAAGAUUGUGAUGUAACAGCUCUACUUUAUUCACCAUGUGGUAGUUAUUUGUACACUUCAGAUAGUUCUGGUCAACUAGCAGUUUGGAAAAUUACACAUGAUGAUAAACAGAGAUUAUAUGAAAGUCAAUUAAUUCAUUCAUUAAAUUAUCAAAUUGGUAUAUUUAAUAUAACUAAACCUAUGCUAACAAUGAUGAAACAAGAUAAUCAUUUAGUGUUGUCAGAAAUCAGGAAAAGUAUUAUUACUGUAUCGUCUAAAGGAUUACAUAUUGCUUAUAUGGGACCUCGUUUAGAUAUGCUUACUAUUGCCAAAGGAGUUAGUGCUUUAACUGUAAAACAAAUUGAUUUAAGCCAUUUGAUAUUACAACAUUUUCCAAAUAGUCAAACAAAAUCAACAUUGAAUGAAGACAAUAACUCAAUCAAUUCAUUAAAUUUUAUUCAGUUUUACUCUCAAUGUCAUAAAACUAAAAAUCUUAAUCAUAACAAUGAUACUGGUCAUGAUGAUGAUAAUGAUGACGAGUUUUUGUUUAUCUGUACAUCUCAAGGUUAUCUGUUUAAAUUCAGCUUAUUCGAUAGCAAACUGAUCAGUUGUGCAGAAUUUAAUGUAGUAUCAAAUUCUAAGACAACAGUUUAUGUUAAUGCUGUUAAAAUUACUCCUAAUGGGCAAACUUUAUUAUUGGCUGAAUCAUCUACUCCAUUUAUAUACAUAAGUUCAACUAAUCUCUAUCCAUUAUAUGAAAAUAUCAGUAAAAGUAUUGAUAAAAAUGAUAAAACAUUAAAUCGAAGUAUAAUUUAUCGAAAAUUCACUGGUCAUAUGUACCCAAUUGACAAUUUCUACAUAACUUUAGAUGGACAAUAUUGUAUUAGUAUUGACAAAGGUUAUUGGUGUCAAUAUCCUCAUUUUGUGAAAACUAACACGAAACCUGAGAUAUAUAAUACCACUAUUACAAAGGAAAUGAAAGCAAGUAGUAUAUUUAUGUGGAAAUUUGAUUCUACACAAAGAUCACAUGAAUUAAAAGUGAAAAAUAAUUCUAAUAACAAUGUAAACAUGUUGAAAGAUAAAUUACAAACAACAGAAAAUUCAACUUUCACUCAACCAUUUCUGUCAUAUGAAUGUGAGAAUAAAUCAUUCACACCAAUUAAUCAAUGUAAUACUAUGGAAACAAAUAUUAAUAAUAAUAAUAACACUUUCGGUAAAGUCGUCAAUAAAAACUGUGAAAUAAAUAAACAACUGAAUAUACAAUAUAACUAUUGUCCAUUAGCUCAUCGACACUGGACUGUUUAUGCUAACAGUAAAUUAAAUACUGCGAAAGGAUUCAAGCCAAAUUUAUUAGAUCAAUUGAAACUUACUUUAAUCAAUGAUAAUUGUAUGAAAGGAAUAGUAGUUGGGUUUGGUUGUUUCAAUCAUAUGAUUGAUAAUUUGAUAUGGGACUCCGAUACUGGUAUAUUUAUUUACACUUAUGAAUCUUUGCUUGUAAUUGAAGAAUUAGAAACUGGUCUACAAUUAGCAUAUCGGUCUAUAGUAUUAGGUAGUUUAGACUGUACAACAAAUUUCGCUGGAGAAAUUUUUAAUUCACUUGCCUUAGCUCCAAAUAAAUCAGUGUUGGUUAUUGGUUCAACAACGUAUUGGGAUUUUAAUGAAGAUAACUCCAGUUGUACAAGUAUUUCUUCAUUUAUAACUGUACCAAUCAAAUUCACUCUUUAUAAUGGCUAUCGUCAAUUAAGCCAUUUAUCAUCAGCAUUUCCAACAUUGAAAUAUGAUCAGAGUAAAAGGUUUUUAUUGUCUACCAAUAAUAGUUCCAUUGGGAAGGCAAUCGAUCCAGAUUCUGUGAUAGAAGUCAAUUCAGAUGUUUAUGGCAUUUUAUUGACUAUGACAUUUACAAUGGAUUCCAGAUAUCUUAUUACAAUUGAAGAUUAUCACACAAAUGAAGUUAAAUUGUGGUCGGUGCUCAAUUGGACCUUAUUAUCAACAGUUAAUAUUGAUGAAUAUUUUAAUCAGAUAUUAUGUUCUCCAUUGUUUGGUAAUGAGUUUAUUACAAUUGGUGCUCAGCUAAAUCAGAUUGAUAAUGAUAAUGUCAAGUUAUUAAAUCAUGAAAGUUCUAUUCUGUUUUGGAAAUUCGAUGUUAACCACUCCACUCAUAUUAAUAAUGAAAGUGUUAACAUUAACAAUGUAAACAGUAAAGAUUUAGUGAAUGCAAGAGAUGUACUUUCAUAUACUAAAGGAAAAAAUUGGUCAUUCAAUCAAAAUAAAUUUCUGUACAAUACAGAGUUCUGUUCUGCAGCAUAUUUAAAAAUUCCAUCUAAAUACGAUUACUAUACCACCAUGCAUAAGAUGGCCUUACUAAUUCUUGUAUCAGACAACUUUGGAAACAUCAGUAUAUGGGAUGUGAAUAAUCAUAUGUGCUUGCACAAUUUCUCUGCAGAAUGUAGUGAAAUUAGUGUCAUCUCCUCCAGUGGUUCAUAUGGUUUUGUUACAGGUAGUGUAAACGGUUCACUACGCUUUUGGCGAUUAGAAAUAGAAUUUUCCAUUAAUGAACAACUUUCAAACAAUCAACAUUAUUCAUUCCACAACAAUAGUGAUGUUAGUCGUAACGGGAUUAAAAAUAUUGAAGUAAAACAGAUUAAAUAUAUUAAUCAUUUUGAUAAUGAAGUAAUUUUAUCAGCAUGCUUUGAUGCAGAAGGACAGAUUGGUGUUAUUAGUACAAGUAACUGUAAUGUAUGGUAUGUAGAUUGGUCUGAAGUUGAAGAAUCAACAAAUCGAAAAAUUUCAUCUGUAAAUCAUUCGCUAUCAAAAAUGCAAGAUUAUUUAACACUUUUAAGUAGUGGAUAUAAAACACAAAUUAUUGGAUUAAUUUGGUGGACAAAAUCUCAACAACAAUUAUUUAAUGAAAACUUUCUAGAUAACAAUGAUUUCAGUCAUAUGAAUGAUAUUCUGAUUACUUGUACAUCAGAUGGAAAUAUACAAUUAUGGAGUCCGGAAACUUGUCAUUUAGUUUCUGAAUUAAAGACUAAUGAGUCAGCGAAUAGUUUAAACGGAUCAACAGUUGAUUUAUGUUUGUUAGACUAUCCCGGUAUAAUAUGUUCUGGAUCAGAAGCAGCUGGCGUCAAUGAGACGCUUUCAUUCAAGGAAGAUAGUAAUAAUAAAAAAUCACCAGGAUGUUUAGCUAUUGCUUAUACUGAUACAUGUGUACGAUUAUUUUGUUUGCAUAAGAUGUGUCUAGUCAGUGAAUCUGAACGAAUAUUUCCACAGUUGGAUGAUCAGAUUACUGUAAUCAGAUUUUUUAGUCCAUAUUAUUUAAUUAUUGGGACUAGAAAUGGUUUACUGGUCCUGUUAUCUAUAGGUUAUAAUACCGAGAAUAAUAAUACUGAUGAUAAGCUAUAUUCACAGCCUAUUUUAAUCAAACGUAUUAUAAAAGAUUACCUGGUCAAUUAUCAAAUCCCUAUGCCUAUUCUAUGCUUGAAUACUUAUUCACAACCUUUGUUGUAUGAUUAUUAUUUACAUCAACUGAAACAAGAUAGCAAACAAACCAUGGAUUCAAUAAUAAAGUCCGACAUGAAUGAACAAAACCAAUCAGAGUCGACUGCAAUCAACCAGUCUCUUAUUGGCAUAUGUACGUUCUGUGCGAACUGUCUCGAUGUUGCUUUAAGUUACAAACAUUAUAAGCGGAGAUAGGUGGUGGAUUCCCGGACGCAGACUUCGUCCCAUUCGCGAAUCGUCAACUGGGUGUACCUGGAUCCCAGCUUAUGUACAUUACGGGAUUCAAAUCCAAUACCGUCCGCUUCAAACACCGUCGCGUCAUCCACUUGGCUACUGAGUUCAGAUAGUGGAAAUCAACUUUGGGAUCGAGGUACAUCCAGCUGACGAAGCGCGCGUCCUGGAUUGAACUGCUAGCCACCAUUCAAUUCUGGCAACAAUUAUAUUAGUUUCAAUAGGUCAAAAAAGUAUUCCUUUAUGAAUUGUCGCGAAAUGUUUUUUCUGCCUACAUCUAAUACUUCAUAUAUAUGCAUAUUUAUUAAUUGAACUAUCUCUUGUUACAUGUUUCUUUCGGAAUCAUUUUUCUUCAUAAUACAAGUUGGAUAUGCCUUGCAAUUGGAGCAGAGAAUCGUUUAAGUGUAUGGAAUUUAUCAAUCUGUGCAAAUCCUUAUCAUCAUAAUCCACUGCGAUUUUAUCUUCUUGCUUGGUUACCAUUGGAAUCGCUGGAAUUUAAUAAUAAUAAUAAUAAUAAUAAUAAUAAUAAUAAUAAUAGUGAUGAUAAAAAUGAGCAUGCUGAACUGUCUUAUCACGCCAACUUUUUACCAACUCAAAAUCUGAAAGACGUUCUGAAAUUAAUAAGCUACGAUGAAGAAAUUCAUGAGAAAAUCGACAAUCCUUUUAUUAUGAUAUACGCAACGAAUGAAAUAACAGAAAUUACAAACUUAUGGAUAUAUUCAAUUGAUGAUUUGAUUAAAACCCAACCAGAAUCAUCAUCAUCAUCAUGUUUACAGAUAACUGGUAAAGUGGAAUCAAUUAACCCGGUAUUUAUACUUCCUUCUGCAAAUACUAAAACUUAUCACUUAACAUUAUCAUAUUUACAGUUAAUUACACUGACACGAUCAUCAUUAAAUAAAUAUCAAACUGAAAUCCAAUUGUUAAACUUCUAUUCUAACGGUUUACAAAUCAAAUCUAAAAAAAUUAUUGGACCACAGUAUGUACAUAAUGCAUGUAUGAAAGAUAAUCAACAUUAUGUAUCAUCUUUUCCACUUAUCAAAUCAAUCAUUAUACAAGAAAAGAAUAAAAUAUACAUUGCAGCCGCUUAUGGUAAAGAAUUAUUUAUUUGGGAAGAAACAUACCAUUCAGAAAAUAAUUCACUGUAUUAUAGUUAGUUUAUUGGAAAGAUGUAUAUGUAAAUAAAUUGUUUGCUUUUGUCUACUUUUACAAAAAAGGAUAUUUCCAUUGAAUUUAUCUAAACAACAAUGCACAGUAUUUCAGUUUCAUUACGUGAAUAUUUCUACACAUUUCCUAAAAAAAUGCGCCUAGUUACGUAAAACUAAAAAAACAAAAUAGAAUAAAAGCGUAUUUAUUACGCAAUUGACGGGUUACAACAAAUCAUAUUAUCAUUUUUUGCAAUUAUGGCAGUCUGUUACAAUCAAUAGUCAUGUGAAUAAAAACCGGUUUAAGGAAACAAAUGACUAAAUAAAAGCAGAUAUUUACGAGUUUUUCUAAUUUUUAUUGAUUCUCA